AUGAGAGUGGAGGGAGGAAGGGUCCUGAGGAUGCAGAGCCCAAAGGUUUUUAGAGAGGAGAAAGUUCAUGGCCAGGCUAUUCCAGAGGGUGUCACGGAGCUACGACGCAGCUCUGCGUUGCACCUCGAUACUGCGAGUCUGAGGCAGGCGCCCCGUGAGCUCGUGUCCGAGGAUUCUGAAAGGCUUUGGCCCCGUAAGGAGCGUUGGUCCCGUAAGGAGCGUUGGCCACAGCCUUUGUCCUCGCUUCGGGCCUCUGCCUUCGUACAAGAGACGCAUCUUGGAAUGUUGUUAGAUGGAAAACUUCCAAUUACUUUCUACAGGGAAUUAAAUGCUGUGGCCCUACCAAACAGGAGACGAGAAGCUGCUCUCUUGGUCAGUCAAGGACUACAGACUCACUGUGGGAACACGAAGACAGACACCUCCAAGAGGUUUGCAGAAGUACAGUUCCUGUGCAAGGUAGAGUCAGACUUUGCCGCCACACCUGUACAUUUUCCCUGGCAAAAGAAGGGAGAAGGCGGCAGCUCUGAGGAGCAGAGGGACAUAAAAGCUGUUGAAAAUGGACAUUCAGGCAUUGUAAAGCUGCUGCUCCAAUAUGGAGCAAAUAUUAAUGGACAUCAUUCUUGGUCCGGAUGGAAGUCUUUGCACCAAGCUUCUUUUCAGGGAUACACUGAGAUAAUAAAAAUACUCCUGGAGAAAGGAGCAAACAAGGAAUGUGAGGAUGACUUUGGAAUUACACCUUUGUUUGUUGCUGCUCAGUACGGAAAGCUGGAGAGUUUAAGAAUGCUUGCGUCCUAUGGUGCAAACAUCAACUGUCAAGCCAAGGACAAAGCCACUCCCCUGUUGAUUGCUGCGCAGGAGGGCCAUGCCAAAUGCGUGGAGCUGUUGUUAUCCGAAGGGGCCGAUCCAAAUCUCUACUGUAAUGAGGAAGAAUGGCAGUUGCCUAUUCACGCAGCAGCUGAGAUGGGCCAUAAGAACAUACUGGAGUUGCUCAUACCACUUACUGAUCGGCUCUGUGACAGAGGAAAAGACAAAGUGAGCCCCGUGUACUCGGCGAUUUAUGGCGGUAACAAGGAGUGCUUGGAAGUGUUACUUCAGCAAGGCUACAGCGCAGAUGCUCAAAAGUGCCUCCCCUUUGGCUGCAGAUCACCCAUGUGCAUGGUUUUCCAAAAAGAGUUUUUUGAUUUAAUCGAUAUUCUCCUGAAAUAUGGGAUCACCCUCCUUGGGAUUAAUUUAGGAUAUUGCUUGUACCAUGGGAAGUUUACUUUGUUCCGACGCUUCUUGAAGUUGGGCUGUUGGUUGCCUUCUGCGGACCAGUUGUCGGAGUUUGUGAGUUAUGCAAUUAAAGCACACGAGCAGUACAAGGAAUGGCUGCCUUAUCUACUGCUGGCUGGUUUUAAUCCAUUGAAUUUACUCUGCAAGUUGUGGAUUUAUUCCGUCAGUGAGGAUGCCCUAAAUUUUGUUCUGGAGUUCACGAACUGGAAGAGACUUCCUCCAGCUGUAGAAGGAAACCUUUCAGACUACAAGGAGAGCUCCGCUUGGAUUCCAAAAAGUCAUUUUGCCGUCAUUCCUUCCUUGUCUCAUCUCUGUCGUCUUGAGAUCCGGUCCAUUUUAAAGAGUGAGCAUCUACGGUCUGAACAGUUUAUCCGUGAAUUGCCAUUACCAGCUUGUCUCCAGGACUACCUUCUCUACGUAGAUGUGUUGAGAGUGAAUGCUGUUUCGGCAGUGGUGGAGUCUCUGGAUGGGAGUGAUGAGGGAAUUCCUCCUGCCAGUCAUUCCAGUUCUGAAGAUGCAGAGAAGAGGGAAGCAUGUAAUGCUGGUGCCAGAUGAUGAUACUGCCUGUGCCUGAACUCUGUUGCUGUAGAUUUCAUAAUGGUAAUUAGCCGUCAACCAGAGAAGAGCCACUGUAAAUAGAGAUUUGCAGCAACAGGCCUUUUCAUGCUGUAGUUUUCUAUCAGAUCUAGAAGUUUGUUGCAAGCUGUAUGAUGUGCAUGUUUCGAAAGUCUGUUGUAGACUUUCCAAGUCUGAAAAAGUUUUCUGUUUCUGGAGGGAAAUUUUUAACUCUUAUGGAGUAAAAUUAGCUUGUUCAAUGAACGGAGCUUAUAAAAGGUUGAAAUGUAUUUGGUCAGACACUGUUAAUACUAACAUUUUAUUCCAAGUAGUGCAUAUACCAGAUGAAAUAUCUGAAAGUCAAGGACACCUUAUAGUAGUACUGUUAGGAAUUUAGAUGUUGAGGAGUGAUCUAGGUGAAGCAGAGGUAGGAACUUAAUAUGAAAAAAGGAAGUGUUUGCAGAAGUAACUUUUUUUUUUCCCCCGGUCCUCUGUAUUCAGACCUUGAAGACGUGCAUUCUUUUGUCAUCACUUUCAGUCAUCUUUCGAUGCUUCUUCCUAUGCUGCUUUCAUUGAAACUAUUUCAGGAUAUUCAUUUGAAUAUAAAAAUGAAUAUAGGACUUUAUUGAAGGCACCAUUUAUUGUUCAUCCUCCUAAUGUGAACUCUUGCCACUUAAAAAGAGAUAUGGAUCAGGUUUAUACACAUUUGCCAUAGUAGAAUAUACGAUGUUCGUAUCAGUGUCUGAAUUAACAAAUACUCCAGUGCUAUUUUGCAGUGACUGUACAGAAGAACUUAAGUGCUACAAAAAUAAAAUGCUUUUGAAAGAC